UUGUCGUCAGAGAUGUGGACUGAAUACGAGGCCCACGACACGCGACAUAUCGUGACUUUGUGUGUAAGCUAGCACCUGCGAGCGACUUUCCUCCGAACUUCCUCGAAGAAGAAGACAGAGAUGAAGAACGACAUUUAAAACACCUCACAUGCAGCACAUGCAGCAGAGGCAGCAGAUGCAGCCUGCAGGCCCUCCAUCUCCCAGCUGUUCCUCCACCUCUGACUGCUUCCCCCUCAUCAUCCACCGCAGUGCAGCUGAAUGUGGAAGUGAGACUUCAGCUGAGCCAGAGAAACACGAAGUGAGAGCAGAGAACUCUCCGACAGAUCUCUUCAGGAUGAGGUCUAUUGUGAGCUUCUACGUAUGCUUCCUGCUGUGCCUGGGCCUUGGCGUGUCCUGCGUGGUGUGUGUGUGUCUGUGGAACAAACAGUGGCGUGGUGGCUUCGCCUGGGACGGCUCACCCAAGCAGUUCAACUGGCACCCUGUCCUGAUGGUAACGGGUCUGAUCGUGCUGUACGGCAACGGAGCUGUGUUGUACCGCGUCCCCCUGACCUGGGGUCAGAAUAAACUCCCCUGGAAGCUGCUGCACGCUGCAGUGAUGCUCCUCGCCCUGGUCCUAUCAGUUGUAGGGCUUUGUGCUGUGUUUGACUUCCACAAUGCCAAAAACACCCCUAACCUCUACUCCUUGCACAGCUGGAUUGGAAUUGCUGCUACAGCUCUUUUUGCCAUGCAGUGGGUGUUGGGUCUUGCUGUCUUCCUCGUGCCCUGCUCCCCCAUAUCUCUGCGUAAACUCCUGAAGCCCGUACAUGUGUGGUUUGGAGGCAGCAUACUGUCACUCAGCAUCGUUGCCUGCAUCUCUGGAAUCAAUGAGAAACUCUUCUUUGCUCUCAAAAGAAACACCAGUGGAACUCAGCCAUAUUCUAAGCUUCCACCUGAGGCUGUGUUAGGAAACACAUUAGGAGUUUUGAUUGUGGCCUUUGGCUUGGUUGUUCUAAAGAUUUUAUCCAACCCUAAAUGGCAGCGACCAGACUCCAGGCCUGAGGACACGGCUUACACGCCGUUGUUUCAAGAAGAAAAUGAAUGAGGGACAUUUAAAACAUCAAACCCAUCCAACCAUCAAACCUCAGUCAUCAGACAUGAUGAUGAUGAUGAUGAUGAUGAUGAUGAUGAUGGUGGUGAUGGUGAUGAUGAAGUGGCUUAAACAUUUUUUAAACAUUCUGUGUUGAUUGUGCCAGCAGCUGUCUAAACAGUGACAAUCAUCUGUGUUGUUGUGGAUGUUACUUUUUUUGGGGGAUUAUAUUUAAAAUUGCUCUUUGGCCAAAGAAUAAAAAAAAUGUGUUUGAUCCUUCUUCCUCUUUUCUCCCAUGAUGCACUGCACCUUCAUCAUAUGGUAAAGCUCUAACUGGGUGCAGGUAUUAUAGCUUGUGUCUGAAUAAAGUGGUGUUGUUCCCGUAAGGA